GACUGUUCUCUCCAGGCAACACAGACACCCUUCAAGGAGGUGAUAGACAUCAGCUCAGCUGAUCCUCAGCGGGCGGGGAUGCCGCCACUCACCUUUGUUCGACAGGUUCUGGCAGCGUGUCUGUACUCUGAUCUCCUCGGAGAUGAGAACUUUCCUCUGGACGUCAGGUUGAGAGCACAGCGGCUUCUUCAGGAAUGUCCCGGAGGAAGUGUGGGUUCCUACAGUACCUUGCCCUGUGGUCUACCGUACGUCCACCAAAGCAUUGCAGAGUUCAUCACCAGGCGAGACGAUGGAGUGCCUUCAUACACAGACGAUAUAGUGAUCUAUCCGGGCUCUCUGAAGGCUUUAAUGAUAGUUGUGAAGCUGCUGACAGGUGAGGAGGCGGAGCAUCAGACAGGCGUGUUGACCCCUGUGCCCUGCCCACACACUCUGCCUGUGCUUUUGGAUCAAGUCGGGGUGACCUUGGUGCCCUACCACCUGAGAGAGGACCAAGACUGGGCUCUUGAUAUGGACAAGCUGCACCUAGCCUUGAAGACCGCUAGGGGGAGCUGCAACCCAAGAGCAAUUUACAUCAGCAACCCAGGAAACCCCACAGGUCAUGUGCAGGAGAGAAAGACAAUCGAGAACGUGAUUAAAUUUGCUGCCUCUGAGGGCCUCUUCCUAUUGGUUGAUGAGGUGAACCAGGGCAGUGUGUACGGAGAGGGAAGAUCAUUCCUUUCCUAUAAGAAAGUCCUCUUUGAGAUGGGACAAAAAUACUCAGACAUGGUGGAGAUGGUGUCUUUCCAUUCCAUAUCCGGUGCCCACUUUGGAGAGUGUUGUCUGAGAGGAGGCUACUUGGAAGCCAUCAACAUGGACCCAGCAGUGAAGACGUAUUUGAAAGUUCUGAAAGGUCUUAGUUCUCCUCCCGUCUUACCACAGCUUGUUCUGGAACUGUUGGCUAACCCUCCCAUGCCUGGAGAUCCUUCAUAUGAGACCUACAGACAGGAGCUUGUCUCUAGUCAGACGACUCUGUCCCAGAAUGCUCAGCGGGCUUGUGACUUCCUGAACACUUUACCAGGGAUGAGCUGUCGACCAGCGAUGGGGGGAAUCUACACGUUCGCCCGUCUGCAGCUUCCAUGUUGGUUCAUAAAAGAAGCAAAGGCUUUAGGAGUUCAGGCAGAUGCACUUUAUUGUCAGAGGUUACUGGAGCAGGAAGGAGUUUGUGUGGGAGCAGGAAGUGACAACGGGCAGCUGGAGUCGAACUACUACAUCAGGUUUUGUGUUUUGGUUCCUCCUGCGACUCUGGACGAGAUCUUGACCCGGAUCAGUUCUUUACAGCUCCAUCUGCAGGACAACAAAGAAUGAAUCCUAGAUUGGACCGAGACCGACACUAGGUUUUAAUUUCUCCUUUAUCAUGUUGUUAUUAACAGGAACAGAUCUCUUAAUUCAUCAAUCUUUCUGCAGUUAGAGUGCCAAAAUACUACUUUACCAAUAUGUAAAAAA